GGCUCCUGCUCGGGACAAUGAAAGUCUUCAGUUAUAUUUUAGUUUAUCGCCGGUUUCUCCUUAUAGUUCUCCCUCCGUUGGUUUUACUGCCGCUGCCAAUCAUCGUUCGCACCAAGGAGGCCGAAUGCGCCUACACCCUGGCCGUGGUGGCCGCGCUCUGGCUCACGGAGGCCCUGCCGCUGCCUGUCACCGCCCUGCUGCCCGGACUCCUGUUUCCGCUCUUCGGGAUCACGGCCUCCAAGGAGGUGGCAUCUGCUUAUUUCAAAGACUUUCACCUACUGCUAAUUGGAGUCAUCUGUCUAGCAACAUCAAUAGAAAAAUGGAACUUGCACAAAAGGAUUGCUCUGAGGAUGGUGAUGACAGUGGGUGUGAACCCAGCAUGGCUGACGCUGGGGCUCAUGAGCAGCACCGCCUUCCUGUCCAUGUGGCUCAGCAACACGUCAACCGCUGCCAUGGUGAUGCCCAUCGUGGAGGCCGUGGCCCAGCAGAUCAUCAGUGCCCAGGCAGAGGUGGAGGCCACUCAGAUGACCUCUCUCGGUGGAUCCACCAACCAUGGACUGGAGAUCGACGAAAGUGUUAAUGGACAAGAAACAAAUGAGAGGAAUGAGAAAACAAUACCAGCUCCAGGAUACGGUAAUGAUGCAGGAAAAAUUUCAAGCAAGACGGAGCCAGAAAAGAACUCAGACACAGGAACCAAGUACCGGACAAAGAAGGACCACAUGAUGUGUAAACUUAUGUGUUUGUGUAUCGCUUACUCUUCUACCAUUGGUGGACUCACAACGAUCACAGGCACUUCUACCAACUUGAUCUUCUCUGAGCAUUUCAAUACGCGCUACCCUGACUGCCGCUGCAUUAACUUCGGAUCCUGGUUUCUGCUCUCCUUCCCGGCUGCUGUGAUCAUUCUGCUCUUGUCCUGGAUCUGGCUCCAGUGGCUUUUCCUAGGGUUCAACUUCAAGGAGAUGUUCAAAUGCGGCAAGACCAAAACAGCCAAACAAAAAGCUUGUGCCGAGGUGAUCAAACAAGAAUACCAGAAACUCGGGCCAAUGAGGUACCAGGAGAUCGUGACCUUGAUCCUCUUCAUCGUGAUGGCUCUGCUCUGGUUCAGCCGGGAUCCUGGGUUUGUGCCCGGUUGGUCGGCGCUGUUCUCCAAGUAUCCUGGUUUUGCUACAGAUUCAACUGUUGCCUUGCUUAUAGGAAUCCUAUUCUUUAUUAUCCCAGCUAAGAGAUUGACUAAAACUACACCUACAGGAGAAAUUGUUGCUUUUGAUUAUUCUCCACUGAUCACUUGGAAAGAAUUCCAGUCAUUCAUGCCCUGGGAUAUAGCCAUACUUGUUGGUGGAGGGUUUGCCUUGGCAGAUGGCUGUGAGGAGUCAGGAUUAUCUAAGUGGAUAGGAAAUAAAUUAUCUCCUCUAGGUUCAUUACCAGUUUGGCUGAUAAUUCUGAUAUCUUCUUUGCUCGUCACAUCUUUAACAGAGGUAGCCAGCAAUCCAGCUACCAUUACCCUCCUUCUCCCUAUAUUAUCUCCUUUGGCUGAAGCCAUUCAAGUGAACCCUCUUUAUAUUUUGAUACCUUCUACUCUGUGUACUUCAUUUGCAUUCCUCCUACCAGUAGCAAAUCCACCCAAUGCUAUUGUUUUUUCCUAUGGCCAUCUAAAAGUUAUGGACAUGGUUAAAGCUGGACUUGGCGUUAAUAUUGUGGGUGUUGCUGUGGUGAUGCUUGGCAUGUCCACCUGGAUUUGGGCUCUAUUUGACCUCUCUACUUACCCUUCCUGGGCUCCUCCAAUCAGUAAUGAGACCAUGCCAUGACAAGCUGAAUGUUAUGACUAUCCUUUGGUCCCCGCGGAUUUUAUGUUGUCGACGUCGUGGUCAGAACAAGCACCUGUUCCGCGAGCUGCCGCGCCCGUGGAUUCCACACGAUGCCCAGUGAUUCACUGUAAUCCGUCCUGCUCCUGUCACUUGUGCACCGUGGGAGAAGCUGCCGUCUCCCCCGUUCCUGUGGGACGCAGCCUGUGUCACCGCUUUCCUGACUUGGAUCUCUGCUCCUAGUCAGGUUAGGCCGUCACCCUUUCGCGACCGGGCCCAGGUGCUGCCCGAAGAACACUGGCUGCACGCAGAGAAGAGCAGUGGAGCCCCGGCUGCUCCUGGUGUGUGUCCCGGGCCCCAGACACCCCCGGUGUCGGGCACCGGCCCUGAGGACUUGGGGGCCAGGGCCGCUCCCCACCCCUUCCCCAGUAGCGGGGGACAGCGGGCGCUCGGAGCUGGCCUGGGCCCGGCUCCCACGACAGGGCCAGCGUCCUCCUGGGCGCAGGCCUGGCCCCACGGCUCUCAGGCUCCCACUUGCCACUCGGGACGGCAGCCCUAAGGGCACUUAGGGCUUCCUACACUGGGCCCAUUCCCUGUCACCUCACCACUUUGUUAAAGGUGGAAAAUUAGUUUAACUCUGAUUCAGCGGCAGCAGGAUCAGUGGAGGACACGUCCUCAGCAUUUCCCUCCUGCCCUUCCCAUUAGGGUGCAGCUGGCGCCGCCAGGGAGGUUGGGUCAGCACGGCACCAGCCAGCACCCGCGUGCCUGUGCAAAAACACGCAAAGGCAGCCGGACAUAAUGCAUUAUUUGGAAUUAUACGCCUAAAAUCUCGCCGGUGACAAUAGAAGAUUCUAAAUGAUCCUCACAGGAUUUUGUUGUUGUUGUUAUUUUUCCCUUCUUCAUUCAUUUGGUGCUAUUUUCUAAAGCCUCGCUCACUGCCUUUGCACGCUUAUCCCGCGGUCUUCGGCGGGGUUCACAUAGAUGAGGGGCAGUACCUGCAUGGCCCCCAGCCGCCACGGGGAGCACCUGACCUGUGUCUUCCUGGCACUGAGCCCCCGGCCCACGGCCAUCUGCUGAGGCUGCGCCAGGCCUGCCCCAUCUGCUGGCCACGGGUCUGGGCACUGCAAAGCCAGGGGGGCCUGGGAGGGAGGCCCCCGGACUCAGGCGGGACAGACGUGUAGACAAUGGCCCUCCUCGGGCCUGGACACCGCCCAUCCCGGGGUGCUGCUCGCUGCCUGUGGUCGCCCCCCUCCCACCCGCCGACCUGGCAGCAGCUCCCCGAGCAGCCCCCCAGGAACCCCAAGUGUGGCCUCCAGCCUCAGAGGCCCUGGGGGGUGUGGGGCCAGAGCAUCCCUGGGGAGGGGGCCUGGGGGGGCGCGGGACCAGAGCAUCCCUGAGGAGGGGCCCUGGGGUCAUGGGGACCUGGGGCAGCCACCAGCACCUGUUGCCCGGACCCGGGGUGACACCUGUCUUGCUCCUAAUCUUCAGGAGACCUGAUGGCAGGGAGCAGGGAGGCUGUCCUAGAGACAUGAGGUCUAAGAUCCCAUGUGGACAAAAGCAAAUAGAAUCCUUUUUUCUGGGGAUCCCUGGGGGGUUCAGAAGUUUAGCACCACCUCUGGCCCAGGGCGUGACCCCAGGGUUCCGGGAUCGAGUCCCGCGUUGGCCUCCCUGCAUGGAGCCUGCUUCUCCCUCUGCCUGUGUCUCUGCCUCUCUCUCUCUCUCUCUCUCUCUCUCUCUCUGUGUGUGUGUGUGUCUCUAUGAAUAAAUAAAUAAAUCUUAAAAAAAAAGAAAAGAAAAGAAUCCGUUUUCCCUGAGCAGAAGUGACACGGAUAGUGCAGGGUUCGGGAACCGGUGACAUGGCUGUGACCAAGUGGCCUGAGGCCUUCGGAGUCGUGGUGGCGACAGGACAGCCACAAGCCUUGCGCAGCGACACCAUCCCCGAUACUGGGACCCCCAGAGGGCUAACGCCCAGCCCCAGGCCCUGUCUCCACCGCCCUCCGCCACACACCACUGGGGGGAUGCGAUCCCAGCAGAUUCAAGGAUGUGAUAGUGGGAGGUCGACCUGGAAUGAAAGUCUCACUCUAAGUUUUGCCUUGUUUAUGUUCGUGCUUCGUCCGUAUAUGUGUUUCCCUUAAUAUAUAUUCAUAAUACGACACACCAUGACAUGCCUGUUCCCUGAGUUCCCAACCGUGGCAGAGAACGUCUGUGCACGAGGAGCCCACGCGGCACUGCUGGGGGCACCUGCGCUGGGGCACCUGCGGAUGCCGGCAGUGCCCCGGCCCACGGUGCUAGGGAGUGAGAGCCCCCGGCCGCCAGGUGACCCCUGACAGUAGCCACACUCUGCUCCUACCGGGAUGACCGACCAUUUUCACUUACCCUCAUUUUUUUCCCCCAACAAUUGAUAUUUGCAACUUUCCUAUAAUCUCGGCCCACUUGGUGAACAGAUAAUCAGUAUUUGAUGAUUUAAGCCUGCAUUUCCCUGAUUGAUAAUGAGAAUAUUUUUAAUUUCUUCUCUGAAUUGCUUCUUCAUGUUUUCCCAUUUAUGUUUCUGUUGAGCUGUUGGGCUUCUGUUCGUCAAACUACCAUCUCCUUGUACCUUCCUAUUUGUAAUCCUUUGACACUUGC